AUGACGCGCCCACAAACACCAUCUCAGGCCACGCGUCAAAACGCGUACAAAGAUCAGGACAGAGUGUGGGUGAUUCAUGAUCAAAAAUGGGAGUUGGGUACUAUUCAGGGUGCUCCGAUGUCUAGUGGCGAGUCGAAACGUUACACCGUGAAGCGGGAUGCCGCGCCAGCCUUUCCAAGCGGAAUAGUGGAUGAUCCGCCCGACCCGCCCGCGGGCUAG